GAGUACUAGUCGUGUCCCUCCUCAGACACCGUAGCGAAUGCAUGGCCCGCAGGGAUCAUGUUGAAGGUGACAGGUAGUGCAAUGCCGGGAGCUGUGAGUUUGUUGCCGAUCACCGUGGUUGCUGCUGCCGGUGACGGGGAGACAGAGACGACCGCCCCUUUGCUCCGGGACGAGCUGUCGCUGUACAGCGCUCCUCAGCAGAAGUUCCGGUAUGUGGAGCCCGAGGCGGGUCAGCUGGAGCAGAGUGUCGCCUCUCUCAGGAAGCUCACAGAGCCAUACACGGAUUGGUGUCAGGGCGCCUAUAACAAAAUUAAACCCAAAGUUCAAAGCGCUGUCAAGUGGGGGGAUGGCACCUAUGCCUACUUGAAGAACCCGCCGAAGGACUUCUAUCCCCGGGCAGGAGUUAUUGGCUUCACCGGUGUCCUGGGACUAUUUCUUGGCAGAGGCUCCAGGCUUAAAAAGCUCAUCUACCCGGCGGGCCUGAUGACCGUGAGCGCCUCCCUGUACUACCCGGAGCGAGCUGCGGCCAUCGCAAAGUCAACCGGAGACUCCGUGUACGAGCGAGCCGUGCAAGGCUACGCUGCCCUGGAGAAGAUGGUGAAUCCUCAAACCAAAGCUGGGAAAAGCUCCGACUCAGAGACUAAACCCUGAGGACCCCUGUGUGAUUCUGCAACAACUCAGCAAUAAGAAAUCAGCAGCUGCCUAAUACAGUAGAUUGACACGUGCUACUUAGACAGGCACUAAUGUGUGUGUGACUUCCUCAUGCCCACUUUUUGCACUAAGCUUCUCAUGUAACUCAGGCCGGGCAUGGCCUGUCACGAGUUUGCAACUUGAAUGAUUUACCUCUGCUUCUGAUUUGAAUGUAUAUUUAUGUAGAGAAUUAAUAAAAAAUCAACUGUCUUA